AUGUCCGACAUUACUCAGGAUACGCUGUUGCAGCGUCUUUCAGAAUUUCUGACCACCUAUGGUCCCCUCCCAGCCGAUAUAGACUUCGGCGAAGAACUUACGGAGGCUCAUAGUCUUAUUGCUGAGUGUUUGGAGGCUCUCACCAAGUCUCUUGACACCCCCGUGCCACUAGAACCCGUUAUCGACACGGCUCAGGAAGAGGUCAUUGCCGGCCUCACAACAGAACUAGAAGCAGCCAAUGAAAGGGCUGCCGACUUUUGGCAAACCUUGUGCGAUAACCAGGAAGAUUCUACCGAAAUCAUCCGAGGUCGCGACGAGGUUAUCGUUGCUUUGAAGAUUGAGCUGGAGGAAUCGAAGGUUGAAGAUGUAACGGGGGUCCUUUCUAAGAGAAAUAGAUUUGUAUAG